AUGCACGGCCGCCGGCACCCCGCGGCGUCCCUAGCCCGGGCCCUGACCCAGGCGCCCUCCCGCUCCAUCUCCUCCACCCCAUCUCUCCUCCAAACCCUCGACCCCUCAGUGCCGUCGCCGUCGCCUCCCGCCGCGGAACCAGGGCGGCUCGCGGAGCUGCGGCGGCGGCUGCAGGCGGACGCGCCGUCGCUGGGCGACUUCACGUACUCGGUGGAGGUGGGGACGCGGCAACGCCCGCUGCCCAAGCCCAAGUGGAUGAAGGAGACCGUGCCCGGCGGCGCCAAGUACGCGGCCAUCAAGGCCAAGCUGCGGGAGCUGAAGCUGCACACCGUCUGCGAGGAGGCCCGGUGCCCCAACCUCGGCGAGUGCUGGUCCGGCGGCGAGACCGGCACUGCCACCGCCACAAUCAUGAUCCUUGGGGACACCUGCACGCGCGGCUGCAGAUUCUGUAAUGUCAAGACAUCUCGAACACCUCCUCCACCGGAUCCUGAUGAGCCUUCCAAUGUUGCUCAAGCUAUUGCCUCAUGGGGCCUUGAAUAUAUAGUUAUCACAAGUGUUGACCGGGAUGAUCUACCUGAUCAGGGCAGUGGUCACUUUGCUGAAACAGUACAAAAGUUGAAGGCUUUGAAGCCAGAAAUGCUUAUUGAAGCACUCGUACCUGAUUUCCGUGGAGAUCCAAGCUGUGUAGAGAAGGUUGCAACUUCUGGAUUGCAUGUUUUUGCGCACAAUAUUGAAACUGUGGAAGAGCUUCAAAGAAAUGUCAGAGACUACCAUGCAAAUUUCAAACAAUCUAUUGAUGUUCUGAAAAUGGCAAAAGAGUAUGGUCCUCCUGGUACCCUUACAAAGACAUCAAUAAUGCUGGGUUGCGGGGAGACUCCAGAUCAGGUUAUUAGCACCAUGGAAAAAGUGCGGGCUGCUGGUGUUGAUGUUAUAACAUUUGGCCAGUACAUGAGGCCAUCAAAACGUCACAUGCCUGUUUCUGAGUAUGUUACGCCUGAAGCUUUCGAGAAGUACCGGGCCCUUGGUGUUGAAAUGGGGUUCCGCUAUGUUGCAUCUGGGCCAAUGGUUCGAUCCUCCUACAAGGCAGGUGAGUUCUACAUCAAAGCUAUGAUUGACGCCGAUCGAGCAAAGGCAACCACUGCAGAUUCAAGUGCAUAA